UGUGGCUCGGGAAGGGAUCAAGGAAGGAGUUGAUGGUAACCAGAUAUGAAGGGCGCCACUUUUGUCAUUGCCGCGUGUUUGGUGGUGUGUUGGGUUGGUGGAGUGUCGGGGCUGUACAAUGACGGCUGUCCCCCGGAUGCAGAAUGUGUUCCCAGACACGUAUGCAGAAACGGAAUCGUGCGGCCGCUGAGCCCUAGUGCCUGUGGGAGCCAUGUCAACGACCCCCGGGUGUGCUGCCGAGGGGAUCACGGGGUAAGUCACAGGCAAGAUAGGAGCCCGUACGGUAUGGAUUACUACGAUGAGCGCUACGGAAGGUUGUACGGGAACCCCCUCUCGACGUUCGCCAGGGAACUGCUGAGCAAGUACAGACCCAAAGAUGAGUGCGGGGUGAGGUUCCAUUCUCCAAGCGACAUGGCGAGGGUGUCCACGGGCUACGUGGGGGAUAAAGGGUUUACCAGCUUCGGGGAGUUCCCGUGGCACGUGGCUUUGCUCGUGCGGGAAAGGCGCCACCGUUCACCGUACUCGAGGCAGCUGACCACCUACAGGUACCACUGCGGCGCCACGCUGAUACAUCCCGUGCUGCUACUCACUGCCGCACACUGCGUGAAGGGUGUCAAGAUGAACAGACUGAAGGCUCACCUUGGGGAGUGGAACCUGUACAGCACGUCGGGGGAGCUCUUCCCUGCCGUAGAGAGACUGAUAUCCAGGAUCUUCAUUCACAGCGGCUACAACCAAGCUACUUUCCUGAACGACAUCGCACUUCUGCAAAUGGACAGGCCAGUUGACACGUCGAAAACGCCCCACAUUGCCCCGGCGUGCCUCCCAGAAUCCACUUAUAAGUUUGAAGAAGAUAAAAAAUGUUUCAUUGUUGGAUGGGGUGAUGAUCUAUAUAAGCCAAUUCUUGGAAGCAAUAUACUGAAAGCGACAUCGGUGGUCUACCCUACCGACGAGGAAGAGUGUGCAGACAAGCUGUACGCGUCCAUCCCACAUAUCAGCGAUGAGUUCGUCUUGAACGAGGACAGUCAGAAGUGUAUCUCCGGAGGACAUGGAAGAGAUGCCUGCACUGGUGAUGGCGGAGGUGCUGUGGUGUGCCCGCUGGACAACACUGAGGGCCCCAAUGCCUGCCAUGACCACGACUGUGAGGACGAGCACUACUUCGUGGCCGGCAUACUGUCCUUCGGUUCCCCGGUGUGUGGCGAAGAUUCGGUCACUGUAGUAACGGACAUAAUCAAGAAGAUUGACUGGAUUAACACAAUUAUUAGCCCUGCUGGAGGCCUCAAGAACUAUGAUUACCAAUACCACCUCAAAGGCGGACCCUUCCAACAUGCUGGAAGGUCGGGCCCCUUAGCGCCGGAGGAGCCCCGGUCGUCAAAUAGCACUUCCACCUCAUAAGAGGGCAAAUUUAAAGAUGGGUUAGGGGGUGGUGUAGGAUCUAUAUCGAACAUGAAAUCAACAACAUGACUGUCUUGCAUUGAAUUGAAAGCUUUUCCUAAUGUAUCCGCAGAGUCUUAGACUUCUUUUAGUGUUGGCAGUUUAGAAUCCAUACUUUAUAAUAAAUAAUUUAAUAAACUAAAAAUUGAU